UUUUGAAGUAAUCUGUGUUAGUUGCUGUAGAUUCAUUACGCUUCUCUUUGUUGAACAGGAAUGAACGUUGUGGAGAUUGCUGUCUACAGUCGUUCAAGUUUGGACUAAUUCAAACGCUGUUGCCAAAAAUUAAGAUGUUUUAAGAAGUGAUGUUAUUUUUAAAUGAACAUCUAGAAUGAUGAUUUUCUAGGUGAUCAAAUAAAUAAAUCAAUUUGUAAAACAUAUUUUCUUUGCCAGUAUUCAGUGACAGUAAUAUAUAUCGACUUGAGUGCAUGUUGUUCAUUUUGUCAAUGUUUUCUUCAGCAUUCGAUUCACAUUUCCAUUCAGAAUUCAUUGUUAUUUUUCAGCACGUACAAAGCUUAUGAAGCAAAAUGGACAUAUCAACAACAUAUCAGUAUAAUAUCACCAGUUAUUCAACAUUGACACCUCAAGUAGAAAUGUUUAACACAACAGAACCAAGUAACAAAUCUACUAACGUUUGUGAAAAUGUUCAUGAUAAGAAAUAUGAUGAAACUAUACGACGUGCAUCCUUAUAUGUAAUGAUUAUCAUUGGAACACUAGGAGGAAUUUUUGUGUUGUUGUGGAUGUGGAACAACCGACGUCUGAACAGACGGAUGAAUAGUCUGUCUCGGGUGAAUAGUUUCAUACUGAACUUGACAGUAGCCGACUUGAUGGUUGUUCUGUUAGCAAUAUUACCACAGUUAAUCUGGGAAUAUCAGGAUCAGAGAGAGUGGCAUGCCGGUGCCUUUAUGUGUAAAUUUAUCAAGUUUCUACAAAGUUUUACGAUGAUGGCUAGCACCAACGUUGUAGUUGUAAUAGCUAUUGAUCGUCAUCUAGCUAUCAGGGCUCCACUCAAAAAAAUCUCCGUUUGGAAAAUGUCUGGUUGUGCAUGGACAGUAGCAGUUGUAGCUUCGUUACCAAUGUUUUAUGUGUUUCGAUUAGUGGAGCACGGUGAUCGAAGUCAAUGUGAAAAUAUAUUUCGGACAACGCCAAAGUCACAUAGACAGGCCUUUCUCACUUAUAUUGGUAUCAUAGUUUUCGUAAUUCCUUUUGUUAUUUUAAUAUUUUGCUAUACAAGAAUAUUUUUAAAAAUUGCUCGAAAAGCAAGAGAAGGUAGAAAAUCUAGACAAGCAAUAAAACCCGGCAAAAUUCAUUUACAAAGCACACAGUCAAGCUCACUGCCAAAGGCAAAAGUUAAAACUCUGAAAAUGACAUUCGUUAUAGUAGCAGUAUAUGCUGUCUGUGGGUUACCGUACUUUAUAGCAGAGAUGAUUAUGUCCUACGGAGAUCACUGUGUCAUAUCACCUCUUGUUUAUGGACUUUUGGGAUCUUUAGCAGUUGCUAACUCGACUGCUAACCCAUACGUCUUCUUACUUUUCAACACUAAUUGUAAAAUGAGUGAUUUGAGGAGAGGUCCUUCGGAUGGAAUUGGGACACAGAAGACUUGCGUGUAUUCAACAACUAGCACGAGAUCUUUUCACGACUCAAAAACAGCAUCUGUCAACUAUAAAUGGUCCUCCAUUAAAGAUAAUCACGUUGAACUGUCAAACAUUCGAUGAAAUGUACAUAAUUUACACGCUAGUUAUUGUGUUGUAAUGAUCGUUAGUAAAGGUGUUAUGAAAUGUAUGUACUUCUGUGAAAUAUAAUUUUAAUAAAUCUAUUUUGUGUUGAAA